CCGCAGGUCUUCUCCGCCAUCAUUUACACGGUGGCCAGCUGCACCGAGAACGAGUCUCACCGCUACGGCCGCUUCCUCUGCUGCAUGCUGGAGACGGUGACCCGGUGGCACAGCGACCGCGCCGUCUAUGAGAAGGAGUGCGUGAAUUACCCGGCUUCCUGACCAUCUUCAGAGCCUCAGGCAUCGACGGCGGGAACAAAGCAGACCAGCUGGAUUAUGAGAACUUCCGACACGUGGUCCACUAAAUGGCACUAUAUGCUGACUAAAGCUUCGGUCCACUGCUUGGAAACGGGAGAUUACACCCACAUCCGCAACAUUCUGAUCGUGCUCACCAAGAUCCUACCCUGCUACCCAAAGGUCCUGAACCUGGGCCAGGCGCUGGAGGCCCGCGUCCACAAGAUCUGCCUGGAAGAGAAGGAUAAGAGGCCAGACCUCUAUGCCUUAGCAAUGGGUUAUUCAGGUCGCUUGAAAAGCCAGAAGGUGCACAUGGUCCCCGAGAACGAGUUCCACCACAAGGACCAGCCGGCUCGCAGCGCCACACCGGCAAGUCAGCAGAACGGCCCGGGCAGCACCGGCAAGCCUGCCGCCAACGCCAGCAAGACCGAGGAGGGGGCGUCAGAAGAUGGAGAUCGGGGCAAGGAGAAAUCUCAGGGGACCACAAAGCCAGCAAACAAAGCCAACAGCACAUCAGGCAAAGUGACCACCAGCAAUGGCAACGGUGCUCUCAACAGCACCAAAGCCGUGAAAGAUGACAAAGAGAAGAGCGGCAAGGAGAAAAAAGAGAAGAAGGAAAAGACGCCAGGCAGCACUCCAGAGACAAAGGCCGAGAACCGCCGGGAGAAGCAGAGAGACGAAAGAGCGGGCAAGGAGGAGCGGGUGGUCCGCGAGGGUAAGGAGAAGACCCCGAAGGCGGACCGCGAGAAAGUCAAGCUGGAGGAGAAGAGCAGCAAAGACGACAAGGCCAAAGCCGGAAACGGGGAGCCGGCGGAGCCAGGCAGAGAGCGGGACGCCGUGAAGGAGUCCAAGAGCAAGGAGAAAGGAGAGAGGAAUGCCGCCACCCUCAAGUCACCAAAUCUGAGAUCGGAGGCCGCCGAAUCUGAGAGGGAUCACAAAAGACGAAAGCUCGACAGUCACUCCUCCCCGUCCCACUCCUCGUCGGUUAAGGACGGUAGCAACGAACUCAAGGACUCUGCAUCCAAGCAGCACCACAUCAACUUUAAUUCAGUUGCCCGGUCCAAGAGCAGAGAGAGGGAAGCGGAGAAGAAAGACACAGAGAACAUGCAAGGCCGAUCCAAAGAGAAGAAGGAGGAAAAGGAUCGGAAAGAAAGGAAACGAGAUCACACCGUCAACGACCGCGAGACGAGCCAAGAAUCCAAACGGAGGAAGGACGAGAACGGCACCAAUUCCUCCAAAAACAGCCAGAGCACAAGCCCUUCCUGUGACUCUCCUCUGUCGCCGGAAAAAGAGAAGAGCAAAAGAUCCAAAUCGUCGAGCAAGGAGAAGGCCGAGUCUGUGAAACCCGAGCGGACUUCCUCCGGAGGCAAGAAGGAGUCCAGACAUGACAAAGAAAAGUCUGAGAAGAAGGAGAAGAGGGACAGCGCUGCAGGGAAGGAAGAAAAAAAGCAAUAUCCUUAAAGAAGGACUUGAAAAUCGUACCAGUAAUCACUUUUUUUUUGGUUUACUUGUUUAUGUUUGACGAGUCUAGUCUCAGCUGGAUGCUUUUCUUUACUCCUGCAUCCCAAAGCUGCGCAGCCAUAGUUUUGCCCUCCGCUCCGUGUGCUGUGCGCGUCGACGUAUCCGUGUCCUGAGUUCGCUUGAGUCGUUAAUCCCACGGUUGUUGUUUUUUUUUCCCUCCCUGCUCCCGUUACAAGAUUAUUUAUUGUGUUUUUACUCGGCCGUGUUCCUAAGACUCAGGUCCAACAAGUUUGUCGCCGUGUGGACGGCGAGGAACAAGAACUUGCUUUUAAACCAUUUGAAGUGUCCAUUUGAGAAGAUCAAACUUUGGUCCGUUUCCAGCCUGUGAAAUAAUGCUGAGUCGAACUUCCCGUGUGCUCUGUGAUCCUCUCGCACCGGAUCCCUCCACAGGGGGAAGGACGUUUGCUCUUUAUAGCAGUUAUUUGCCCACGCUCUUGACAUAAAUCUGUAUUUUUGACUGUUUUUUUUGUUUUUACAGAAGAUAAACUUUUAGGGGUUCUACAUCGCCGUGCACAGUAAUUACAUUUUCUUAGAUUUAAAUAAAAAAAGGAACCGUUCUGGAUCCUAACCGAGCGUCUUCUCUGGACAUUGACUGAGUAAGUUUUUUUUUUUUUUGACAAUCAGCGAUUCAGCAGUCCCACGUCCUUAAGAUAAUUCGGUUUCCCUUAACGGUCGCACUCAUAAAUCGUCUGACAAGCACAGAUAAUGUGCACUAAUCAGUGAAGGUAAGAAACCCGCUCAGCUUCUUUUUUUUUUUCCAUCACCUCUAAAUCAGCCGUCUUGGAGUUGCCUGAAGUAUUUUUUUUAUUUUUUUCUUCCCCCUCUUUUCUCUGUGCCGCAGCAGAAAUGGAUAAGCUGUGCUUUUAUCUGCAAGACAUCCGCACCUCCAUCUGUACCACCCUGUUGGCUUUCAUUCUGAUUCCCAAUUGUGUUUUCCUCUUUUUUCCAGCUGUUGUUAGCUGUGGUUAAUUUACACAUCAAUUAUAUUAUUUUUCCUCUUUUUUUGGACAGUAAACCAGCUGAAUAAAUAUAUUUGACCCUCCCUUUUUUAUAUAAAUAUAUAAAAUAGUUCAGUAUGGGCACACGGUGCUGCUGUAAUCACAGUGUUACUCUUACCAGAAAUGUGGUUAUUGUUUGAAAUGAUCUUUUGGUACCAAAUUGUCAUGGAUACAAUAACCUCCUCUUUGAAAAUGUUUUUUUUUUCUCCCCUGUUUUGUACUUUGUCGGGCCUUGCUUUCUGCUUGUUUUAUUGGAUAUAACCUGCUUUUCCAUACUUACCUCAUAUUCUUUUGAGAUACUUAGAUCCUUUUUUUAUUUAUUUAUCUCCUCCUUUUAAUCCAAAUAGAACAGCAAGCAUAUGUAAUUAAAUAAUACCUAGGACCAGUUUGUAUAUUGUGUACAAUAAUAAAAAGUGUAACAUGAAUUUCGCAUCAUGAUAUUUCAUUUGUUUCCAUGUCCCAAACAAGUUCUUCUGUGAAUUUGUGUUAAUCAGGUUUUACAUAAUUUAUAAAACAAACAAACAAAAAAAAAAAAAUGUCGGUUCCACUUUAUUCAGAUGUAGGAUUGUAAAAGAAGAUUUCUGACGCUCUGUGCUCCAAAUGCAACUGUUUCAAAAAUGACCUUUGGAGAUUUUAUCUGCUGUACUCAAUGAGUGUAUGUUUUGUUUUUUAAGAAAAAAAAAAAAAA